AUGGGUGAGACGAGUCUAACCCUUAGAUAUGUGGAUAUCGGAAUCAACCUGAGUGACCCGGUAUUCCAAGGCAACUACCACGGAAAACAAGUUCAUGACGGUGACUUGGACGAUAUCAUCGAACGAGCACGGGAUGUUGGCUGCGAGAAGUUUAUGGUAACCGGCUCUGACCUGGAGGAAUCCAAGCGUGCGAUCGAAAUUGCUCAGAAGUACCCCGGCUUUUGCUACGCAACUGUUGGAGUUCAUCCUUGUCAGGCCAAGCUGUUUGAUAGCUUCCCCGGUGGUCCGGAAAGGCUGCUGGAUGAGCUUCGGUCACUAGCACAAGAGGCAAAGCAAGCAGGCCAUGCUGUUGCCUUUGGUGAAUUCGGUUUGGAUUAUGACCGGCUUUUCCUGAGUCCCAAGGAGCCGCAACUGAAAUAUUUCGAGGCCCAGCUUGACCUCGCGGUUGAGAUUCAGCUUCCGCUUUUUUUGCAUUCAAGAGCAGCCAGUGAAGACUUUGAAAAGCUUCUAGCACCAAGGCUGGAAAAGCUCCCAAAACGAGGGCUCGUUCAUAGCUUUACAGGAACUAUGGAAGAGAUGAACAGACUGGUGGCGCUUGGUUUGGAUAUUGGAGUCAACGGAUGCAGCCUGAAGACCGAAGAAAAUUUGGAAGUAGUAAAGGCCAUCCCGUUAGAGCGAAUUCAAAUUGAGACCGAUGGGCCUUGGUGCGAGAUCCGCCCCUCCCACGCGUCCUCGAAAUUCCUGAAUGGAGCUCCGCCAUUGCCAAAGGCAGUCAAGAAGGAAAGAUGGCAGAAGGGCUGUAUGGUCAAGGGUCGCAAUGAACCUGUUGCGAUAGCCCAGGUUGCACAUGUCAUUGCUGGGGUCAAGGGAAUAACUGUGGAGGAGGUCUGCGAAGCCGCGUGGGCCAACUCUACCAGGAUGUUUGGGCUCGGGGAAGAAGCCCCUUGA